AUGAAUUACAGUGUAAAUAAUUUAGGAAAUACACAAAGCGAUUUCAUGCAACUUAAAGAUUCUGAUAAUGAUUUAUAUAAAAAUGUCAAUCUCAAUAGCAUCAAUACUGAUUCAUUAAAUUUAAUUUCAAAGAGAACUACUCCAAUAAAAUCCAGACCUCGUUUAUUGGCUAAAUUAAUCAAUAAAAGGAAACGUGAAACCAUACAGUUACGUAAUCCUAGAAAGAAAACGAAUAAUAAAACAAAAACUGAUCAUUCAGAUUUCUUGGGUGUGGAUUCGAAUAUGUACGAUACUCAUAAUUCAGAGAACCAUACAAUUAAUACUGAUAUAUUACCUCCAGUUACAGAUGAAGAAUUACAAGAGUUACGUUUAAAUAUUAAUCAGCGUGAAAGACAAAGAAUGCAUGAUUUAAAUUUAGCCAUGGAUGGAUUGAGGUCUGUGUUACCAUACACACAAAAUUCAUCUAUGAGAAAAUUAUCUAAAAUUGCAACAUUAUUGUUGGCAAGAAAUUACAUCCUACUUCUUACAAAAAGCUUAAAUGAACUACAAGAAAAGUUAGAUAUUAUGUCGAAAAACCCUUCAGUAUGUCAAUAUGAAUCCAUAAAACCAACUAAUCCUACUGAAUAUCCAUACCCAACUGUUUCUACUGAUUCAAUAAAAUAUUUACCAAUAGUAUCUUCAGUAAACUCCUCAUUAUUUUCAUUAUCACCACCAAUCCUCUCGUCAUCAGUAGCGAAAUCAACUUCUUUGUCGCCUUGUUCUUCAACUUCAUUCAUUUAUCCAACAUCAACUAUUUCAAUGUUACAGUCAGUAACCAAUUCAUCUUUGUUUGUACCAUCUAGGAAUCAUCAGUACAGACACAAAAGUGAUGAACAAACCGGUCAAAUUUCUAUGCCUAUACAAGAUGACAAUGAUAAAAUUAAUAUUGUAUCCAGUAAUUCUAUUUAUUCAACACUAAAACCAUUAUUUUCAUUUCUUGAUCCUAAUUUAAUGAAUAAUUUAAUAAAUGAUUGUUCUUAUAAUAAAAACAAUACCAUUCUCUUUGAUACUAAUCUUAGUAACAAUCCACAUAGCAACAAUCAUAAUGAUUUAAUACUUGAUAAUCAAAGUACACAUUUCAAGCAUUUUGAUUCACCUUCUCAUACUAUUUUAUCCAAUUAUCUAUCUAUAGAAAAAUUUAGUCCAUUAAAUCCAAUGAAUAAUCACCUAAUAGAUCCUCAAUUAAAUUCAAUAUUUAGAUUAAAUUUUAUACCUUCACCAAGUAUUUACUCAUCAUCUCAGUAUACUAUAUAA